AUGCAAGCGAAUGAACAUUACAAAUAUAUGCAAAUGGCCGUUGCAUAUGGUGCAGUUGCAUUGGAAAACAAAGAGGUUCCAGUCACUGCUGUUUUGGUACACAACGAAAGCAAGGAAGUUUUAUUUAAGGCUCACAACAUGACGAACAUAACUUUAAAUGGUACGGCACAUGCUGAAUUUAUCAUUUACAAGCAUUUAAUGGAGAUGUAUCCCGAUUCCCAUUUAGAGAAGUGGAAAAAAUCGACGCUGUAUGUCACCGUCGAGCCAUGCAUUAUGUGUGCGUCCAUGCUAGAUCAAGUGGGGAUAUCAACGGUUGUAUUUGGGUGUCCCAAUGAGAGGUUUGGGGGUAAUGGCAGCGUGUUCAAUAUAAGGUACAAUUCAAAUUAUAAAAUCAUCCCUGGAGUGUGCCACAAGGAUGGAAUAUCGUUAUUGAGACAAUUUUAUAUAAACGAGAAUGAUCGAAGUCCAAACAGCAUCAAUAAGAAAAAAAGGGUUUUGAAACUGGAGGACUUUCCUAAAUUUAACUACUCAAAAUUCAUUACUUUGGAAGAAUUUACAAAUAUUUGGGGUAUUGAAUUUCGAUCCAUCUAUGAAAACAACGAAUUCCUGGAAUUCAACGAAAAUGGCGAAUUGCAACCACCUAAAAAAUCCGAGUCAAAGAGGAUAAAGACCUGA